CUCUCUUUCUCUGUUGCCCUUUCCCACAGCCUGUCUCCCGCCGGCAGGCCGGAAUAGGGGAGAGAGAGAGAGGAGUUGUAACGCAUUAUCUUAUUCUCUCCCCCAUCCCCGAAAUUCCGACCUUGCAAACAAAAAAAACUGAUGCAAUAUCACCCCAAACACUACACAAACCCUAACAUCGAUAGUCUGCUUGAUUCUCCUCAUCUUCCAUGCAUAAUCUCCACCUCCUACCCCCGCUUUCACCUCCUCUGCAGCAACCAGUUCCUCCGCCGCUAUUGCCGCCAUUAUUCUUCAUCAAAAUUGUCAUCCUCAUCGACCACAUUGUCUUCGUAGACGUGGUCAAAUAGUACUCAUUGUCCCAGGCUGUGUAUCGAUAUCGAUAGCUACAUCUGAAUUUCUCACCAUUUCUAUCUAUCGAUAUCGACAUAUACACCCAUUCGAGUUUAUAUAAAACUCAAACUACUCGAUCCAUGGUAAAGUAUCCAUACCCUAUUGACUCCGCCCUCGACCUUAUCACCUUACUCUUCAUUGUUACCCUCCUCCUCCUCUCCAUUCUCUCUCUUGGAUUCAUCUUCCACCUCUGCUUCAAAUCCCGGACCGCCCACCACCUCCAGCACUUCAACUCUCUCUGGACCGUCAGACUCCUCCUCGUCAUAUUCGUCAUCUUCUGGUCCUUCAAUGAGCUGCUCCGUCUCCCCUCCUUCCGCCGGACCUAUCUCUACGGCCGCUAUCCCUUCCUCUCAACCUUCUUCAAAGUCGAGGGGUUCGAAGAAGAAGACAAAUUUUGCAAGAUAUUCUUCUUGUUCUCGCCAAUAGACAAGAUGUUUUUACCGUUGCCGGCGGUUUUCACCCGGAGCUCCAUGGUAAAAGCAGUGGAGUCUGGUAAAAUGGUGGCGUUUUGUGAGUACCCUUUGUUGAGCACCGUGAUAUUUGGUGUCUUUGCGGCUACAUAUUUCAUGUGGUUCUUGUUCUCAUUAUGGAAGGUGCUGUCGUUGGUGAUAAACAAGGGAUUGAGGAUGAGGAUUUACGCGCUUGCGGUGACGGUAUUGGUGCCAUUGCCGGUGCAGGUUAUUCUGCUAGGUUUGUCAGUCAUGUGGAACCCGGACAAGCCCGCAUUUGCGGCAAUUUCAUUCGUGGUGUUUUUGAUCACCUUUGUUUCCUUCGCCGUGGGGCAGGGCAUUUUGGUCCUUAAACCCAUUGCCGACUCCCUGGCAGCCGGAGGUGAAAGUUGCCGUUGGAACCCACAGGUAGAGGUAGUGAAGGGGAGAAACAAUGAAGGGAAAGAUGAAAAUGAAAGCGUCGUCUGAUUCAUUAUAAAAAUUUCGUCUGAUUAAUUAAGUGAAGUUCUCGAAUUAUCAACAUGAAUACUUCGAUGUUGAUCGUGUUCUAGUUAGAAUCAUGAGAGCCUUUCUGGUCACUCCUCGGCGGAAGAUUUUAUUUUCUUUCUAUUUUUUGUUUGGUAGCAAGUAUAGAUUGGGAGAGACUAAAAGAAAUAGAGGAAAAUGUGAAGCAUACUAUUGAUAUGUUUGAUA